AUGGGCCCAAAUGAACAAUUGGACUUUCCAGAAGACCCCUUUGAAAAACUGACAACCACACGUUUUCUCCAGGCUUUGAUGUAUGACUUGGGGGACGAGGAUGGUUUUCUUCACUACUUGACUAGGUUUGAGGAUCCAGAGAAGACCCAGAACCUCUUGCUGUGGAGGAAGCUAAAGUUGUAUGAAAGUGCAUGGGAGCAGCAGUCAACCCAGUCCGAAGUCCACCAAAUUGCUUUGCAGAUUUUGGACACAUUCCUGGAGUCUUAUGCAGAGAGCAAUGCCAGUCUAAGCUUCAGCAUGCUAGAAUACAUCCAGCAUCUCAAGACAAUGUUGUGUAUGGGCAAUGGAGAUUUGAAGCCUUCCACUUUUGAGCCUCUUGCUCACUAUAUACUUGUUGUUUUGGCUAGCAGCUGGCUCCACUAUGUUCGCCAUGACAUCACAUCUUUCCUUGAAUAUUGUGCACCAACACCUCACUUUGAUACUGAAAGCACUGAAACUAUAACCCAAAACGUAAAGCAGGAGACAGAUGACAGGAUAAAGAAAGAGAGACAGCAUUCCUGGCUUCACGACCCACAAGGCAGAGGGAGGCGUAAGAAAAAGGGCAGAAAGAAGGGGGCUCCCAAGCCUUACGAUAUUGAGCAGGGAAUGGAAGGAAAAUCUCCAACUGGUCAGGAAGCCCCCACUCUCCAAAACGAACCAGACUUGCUUAGCAACACAGUUGUUCUGAAAGUAUUUAGAAAAGCAGCUCAUAAAAUGCAAGAUGUGGAACUGGAAAGAAUUCUGAGACUGCUUCAGGAAAUGGAGGCCUGCCAAGAAGCUGCAGAGAGAGAAAAGCGAAUGGAUUGUGUAAAGAAAUUUCUCGAUAUCUGUGACAAGCCAGGGAAAGGGAGAUCAAAUGCCCAACUCCCCAAGGAGCUGAAAAUAAGGUUAAAAGAAGAGCUGGACCAGGGAGAAAUAAGUGAUUUCAGCUGGAAUGAAAUCCGACUCUUCCUUCAUUCUAUUGUGACCCCUGGUUUUGAGCAGUUUUGGGAUGAGGUGAGCAAAUGGUUGAAGAAGCAUGUGCUGCAGGAGCCCUCCCAAAUCCCAGAGGAGCAUUGGCGCAAGCUGGAACCGUUGCUACAAUCAAUUGCCGCCAGAGUGGCUCUUGAGCAUUUAAGGAGCCAGAAAGGCCAGGGUGGCUCUGCAUCAGCCACAGCUCAGCCCACCAGAGAAGACAAGGUCUCUUUUUGGCAGUCUGUAAAGAAGGCUGCCGAGGGAUGGCCCACCAUCGAGAUCCUCCAUUUCCUUAAGCAUCUGCAGCUGCAUGGUCCUCCUGUGCUGGAGAGUGGCUUACAUUUUCUGCUGGAGGUGCAGAAAUUCAAGAACGCCCAUCACGCCUGGCCUGACAUGGCUCUUCUGAAGAAAAAGGUCAAAGUGAUACGGGAGUGUUUCCUCACCUCUCAGAUUGAGCCCCAGCUGCAGGUGGCAGUGGAUACUAAGAGGCUGGGCAGGGCAGUCCGGGCAGCUGAGCGAGCCCUCCAGAAGGAGAACCCAUUCCCCCCUCCAGGCUUGUUUGAUGAGUUGAAGGAUUCGGUCUUCAGCAUCCUGCUGCCAUACUGGGCUGCUUUCCAAAAGCAAUGGCUCAAGCGGUCCCCUACGAGUGCCCAGAAAGCCCCAGUGUUAAGGCAUCAGCUUCUUCUGCAGAAGAGGAAAGCCAUGUUUGAAGCACCACAAAAAUUUCCCCAGUCUCUCCAGCUUCCACCACUCCAGCAGCCAAAGAGAGGCCAGGGAAGCAGUUGUCAGGAUGGACUCAUUUACGCCUUCUCCCUCAGUAAAGGUCUCACACUGCAGUACUCAAGCCGAGAAAGCACAACCUUUAGCAAAACUAGCUCCUAUGUGUUUGGAAACAGGAAGAAGUCAACUGGAUUUCAAUAUCCUUCAUUUCGUAAUGUACCAGUGCUAAUCUGAGUUGGAGAGAGAAGGAAGACUUCAAGACU